AGCUACCUAUAUAAAGACGUACUCGUUAUCGAACGGUCGGCGUACGUUGUUUAUCGAACUCGCGUGUUCGCCGAGAAAAUAUAAUAUUCACUGUUGGUGUCGAAUUAUUUUUACUGUUCUACUAUUAAGUCACAAUAUCAACUCCCAUUGGUAUCUAAUAUCUAUGCGUAGAUUUCGAACAAACGAGAAAACAAGUUCAAUCUCUUAGUAAAAAAAUAUCUACAUAUACGUAAAUCCACCUACACUACACAUAGACACUACACCGUAUCGGUUAAUCCAAGCGUACUUCACAUUUUCGCCCAAGUAAUACGAUUAUUUUUUUCGUCGUCGAUGGUGAUAAACUAAGAAAUAAACUAGAAAUGGAUUCUGAGUCAUUUAGAAUAUGCGCAAAGGCUGUUAUUGACUUAAUCGCCGAUUACAAUGACAACAUCCGAGAAAGGCCCGUUAUCUCCACCAUGAAACCAGGAUAUCUGUACAAAAUGGUACCAUCUGAGGCUCCGAUCAAAGGUGAACAUUGGAAGACAGUGUUGGAUGAUGUGGAGAGAAUAAUCAUGCCUGGCAUUACACACUGGAACUCACCACAGUUCCACGCGUAUUUUCCAACUGGAAACUCUUAUCCGGCCAUUAUCGGAGACAUGUUGUGUAACGCGAUUGGAUCUAUAGGAUUUUCUUGGAUAACGAGUCCAGCAUGUACCGAACUCGAAGUGCAAGUUAUGAAUUGGUUUGGAAAACUCUUGGACUUGCCAAAAGAGUUUUUAAACGAAUCAGAAGGACCCGGUGGGGGUAUUAUUCAGGGCAGUGCCAGUGAAGCCACGUUUGUUUGCCUUUUGGCAGCUAAAGACCGUACGACAAAGAGGAUCAAAGCACUCGAUCCUAGCUUGACCGAUGGUGAGAUCAAGGCGAAAUUAGUAGCCUAUAGUUCUGAUCAGUCCAAUUCGAGUGUAGAGAAAGCUGGUCUCCUGGGAUCGAUGCCGAUGCGGUUGCUCAAGGCGGAUAAGAGUGGCAGGAUGACCGGAGUCAUACUUUCUGAAGCUAUAGCUGAAGACAUCGCCAAAGGAUUAAUACCGUGUUAUGUAGUCGCCACAUUGGGUACCACUGGAAUUUGCGCGUUCGACUGUCUGGAGGAGCUGGGUCCCAUCUGCAACAAAAACAACAUUUGGCUGCACAUCGACGCCGCUUACGCAGGUGCAGCUUUCAUUUUACCAGAGUACAGAUAUUUGAUGGCGGGAGUACAAUACGCGGACUCUUUUGACGUUAACUUGCAUAAGUGGCUCUUAGUGAAUUUCGACUGUUCGGCUCUGUGGGUGAAGAACGCCACUUAUUUGGUGGAUGCGUUCAACGUGGACCGGGUAUACUUAAAGCACAGCUAUCAGAGCCAGGACCCCAAAAUACCGGAUUACAGACAUUGGCAAAUACCUUUGGGCCGGAGGUUCAGAUCAUUGAAAAUGUGGUUUGUGUUGAGAAUGUAUGGUUUGGAGGGCCUACAAGCACAUAUUAAAAAACAGAUUCACUUGGCAGAUAUGUUCGGGAAAUUAGUCAAACAGGACCCGAGGUUUGAAGUCGUCACGGUAACCAUGGGAUUGGUUUGCUUUCGAUUAAAGGGCGAUAACGUCUGGACGAAAAACCUUUACGAGCGACUGAUGGUGAGUGGGCAAAUUUACUUGGUCACGGCCACUGUGGGGUCGAAGCUAGUAAUACGGUUCGUGGUGUGCAGCCGGCUGACCGAGGAGAUUGACGUACAUUUCGCGUGGAACGAGAUAUGUGCGCAGACCGAUCGCGUGGGUAGCGAAUGCGACAUGACGCCUUCGAGCAUUUGUAACGACUUGACAGGAACAUGGCCAAAGGACAAGGACUGCGAACUUACCACCGCCACUACUAUUGUCGUCAAGUCUUUGACCCAAGGAUGAGCUACUUAUAUAUAUGCUAUACUAAUCGUUUUCAUAAUUAUUUACUCUUAUUGGUAUUGUUAUUAUUAUUACUAUUAUUAAUAUUAUUUGUUAUUGUAAUUUAGUUGUGCGUGGAAUCAUAGUGUUAAAACGAGAAACCAAAAAACCAUACUCGGAUCGAAAGUAUAAAUUUGAAUUUUCAAAUAUAGUUUAUCGUGUGUUUAAGCGUUUUGUGCUGGUCAUAAUUUAGGUUUAGUAUAAAGUAACGAAAAUAUUUAAGAAUUAUAUGUCAUAUACAAACAUAAUAUACGCCACUAUCAAGUGAUACCCCAAAAAAUGUGCACUCAACCGUUAUAGUACAAAUUUCAAGCUCCUCUAUAAUGUGAUUGUAUAUAUACUAUUAAAUUAAUGUAUAAAAGUAUAAACGACAAUUUAUUUAUAUGAUCGUUUUUACACGUGGUAGUUUGGUUUUUGGUUUUCUUAUACAAUUAUACGUCCUUUUAAAUUUGUAGAUUUUUAUUGUUAUAAAAUAUAUGAUGUUCUAU